AUGGAGAAAAUAUACCAACAAUUCCAGUUUGUCUUCAAUUUCAAAUUCCGAGAUUUAAACUCCUUUAACUGCAGAAUAAACCUGAAGGAACUGAUUCUGGAUCAGUAUCCUUACUUUGGGAAUAUCCUGAGAGAGGUCUGGAAGAACCCAGAGGGAUUGUUGUUUAUAUUCGAUGGUUUAGAUGAAGUCAAUGACAAAAUUGAUUUUUCUGAUAGUCGGAGAGACAGAGAACCUCAGUCCACAUGUACAGAUCCUGAAUUCAAGUGCAAGGUGUCGGACAUUGUGUACAGUUUAAUCCAGCACAAGCUGCUCCCAGGGUGUUCAGUGCUGGUGACCACCCGUCCCACUGCGUUACAUUUAUUGGAAAAGGCCAAGAUCAUUGUCUGGGCUGAAAUCCUUGGAUUUGUUGGUGAGGAACGGAAGGAAUAUUUCAUCAGACAUUUUGAAGAUCAGACGGUAGCGGAAGCUGUUUUCAAACAGGUGAAGGAGAAUGAGAUCCUGUACACCAUGAGCUACAGCCCCUCCUAUUGCUGGAUCCUCGCUCUGACACUGGGCCCCUUCUUCACACAAAGAGUCAGGGACCCGCAGCGAGUUCCCAAGACCAUCACCCAACUCUACUCCUACUAUAUUUACAACAUCCUGAAAAACCACGGCCGUGAGAUUGAGAACCCCCGUGAUGUAUUACUCAGGGUUGGUCAGAUGGCCUUCAGAGGAGUGUCCGAGAGGAAGAUUGUGUUUACAGAUGGAGAUUUGAUCAAGUACAAUCUGCAGCCUUCCCAGUUCCUGUCAGGGUUCCUGAUGGAGCUUUUGGAGAGAGAGAAUUCUGCCCGGAGCGUGGUGUACACAUUCCCACACCUCACCAUCCAAGAGUUUGUAGCUGCAGUCGCACAAUUCCUGAAUCCACAUCCCGGGGAUAUCCUGAUAUUCCUCACUGAAGCCCACAGCACGACAGAUGGGCGAUUUGAGGUAUUUCUCCGUUUCGUUGCUGGUCUCUCCUCCCCAAUGACAGCUCGGGGCCUGGAGGAGUUUCUGGGUCCAUUUCCUCAUCAAACAACCUGCCGGGUGAUUGACUGGGUGAAGGGGGAGAUUAAACGCCAGAUUGGAAACACGAGGAGUGAAGCUGGUAAAAGGAGCCUCCUGAACACAUUGCACUACCUAUUUGAGUCUCAGAAUCGUGGACUGGCUCAGGCCACACUGGGAUCUGUGAAAACUCUUUCAUUCAAUGGAAUGACAUUGACCCCGAUUGACUGCGCGGUCCUGUCUCAUGUCAUCGGACUCUGUGAUGAAAUAAAACACCUCGACCUUGAAUACUGCCACGUUCAGUAUGAAGGAAUCCAGCGGCUGGGACCUGGGCUGCAGAAGUGCCAGGAGUUGAAAGUUGGGCAGAAUGUCCUGGGAGAUUCAGGAGUGAAACUGGUGUCUGCGGCUCUGAGGAACCCGGAGUGUAAAUUACAGAAACUGUGGCUGAAGGGCGUCGGUCUCACAGAUUCUGGUGUCGAGGAUCUCGUCUCCGCUCUCAGUAAAAAACCAUCACUGACGGAGCUGGACCUGGGAUUAAACUCGCUGACAGAUGGAUCUGUCCCCGCUCUCCGACGCCUCAUACUGACCCUCCCGUGUCUGGAGCGGAUCGAGCUGGGGUGGAAUCAGUUCAGUGAGACCAGGGGGAAGGAACUGAGAUCUCUGCAGGUACCCAGACCCGGACUGACAGUGAUCCUGUGAACAUCUGAAUGUGUGAACAUCCCCGCCCGCGGGAUGGGGACAUUUUGGCCAAUUCGCACACUACCCUUUAACUGCCACCCUUAUCUUCAAUUGCCACACGCCAGGUGUAAUUCCCAACGGUAUUAACGGAACUCUCCAUUCUCCCGCAGUGACGUAUUUCCGCCUAUUGUCCGGCGGCGCAGUUUCCAACGGAUGUGCUGGUUAGGGACUCCCCACAUGAGACUCUGUGGAAUUACACAGACAGUAAGAAUCUGGGUUCCGGGGCUCAGUCUGGGACACCGGUGUCCCGGGGUGGAAUUAUCCCGGGAGAGGAUCCUAUAUCUCCCUUUGCUGAGGACGGUGCAUUCGGCAGUCUGGCCGAUAUAAUAAUGUUAACUUGACAAAUCCCUCGGCAGUGACCCUGGAUCUGCAGCGAUCCCGGACACGUCCCUGAAGUGUGAUUUUAUAAUCAUCGGUUCCCCGAUGCAGAGUGACGGUGAGAAACGCGACUGAUUAUUCAACCGGUCACUCCUUGUCGCCGGUCAGUUAAUUUUGUGUGACUGAGUGAGUCGGGAGCAGGUUAUUUAUUCCCGCAUGUCAGCAGUUCACACAUUCUUUAAUUUACAUUUCAUGAUGAAAUCAAUAAACCGCUGUAACUUCCUGUCCUGGUGCCGGACUCGAGUUUUAUUUGAGGUUUCUGCUGCCCCCCGCACCCUGUGCACUGCAACAGUGGUUCGGAGCAACUCACACUGACACAGUAGCGUCUCAGCUCCAGGCUGAGGGAGGUCGGACUGGAAGAGUCUGGUGCCCAGGAUCUAAUCUCCAUGCUACCCCCACCGUGGCUAACUGCCCCCAAAGAGAGUUAAAAACAUCGACUAACGUCAGACCUGAUUUCAAUUAGGUCCCAAAUAUGUGAUGGGGGAUGGUAUACCGGCAUUGAGCACGGGGU